GAUGAUGACGUCACAGCUAUCAGUACACCGUCCAUGUGUAAUGAUCAAUCCUCUCAAUGUAUAAUCCUCGGUUAUUCUCAGCUGAGAAGAAGUCACGUUGCCUCAUAAGGCAAUGGUACGCUGCUGGAGGGCGGACGCGCAUUCCUAUAUCGUUCCCUGGGAUAGUUCCUCCUAUAGUCUUCUGUGAUGUUAUCCAUCGAAUACGAGAUCGUCACUAGCUUAAUGGACGUCAUUGAUCUCAACACUGUACAUGCCUGGAGCAAAUUCAAAGGUCCAUCACUAUAAUGUCCGCUCAAGAUGUUAUCGAUGCUAUCAACGAAGGAUCGACAGUUGACGAAAUCAAACAUUUAAUCGACGAGUACAACAUCGACGUUGAUGAAUCGGUGGGCGAGUUACGAUUACGCGCAAUCCACCAUUCUGUAUUCAAGGACAGACUCGAUUGUGUAAAGUUGUUCCUCAGUCAUGGAUGUGAUAUCAAUGCUCGAGACCAGUGCGGAUUUACCCCUUUACACAUCGCUGCAAGGUACAACCGAGCUGACAUGGCUAAUGAAUUGAUCACGCUUGGUGCGCACAUCGACGCAUCGGAUUCUCUAGGGUGUGCGCCACUUCACCAUGCCUUGCAGAAGGGCCAUUACAACUGCUCAGAGGUGCUUCUUCAACACGGAGCAGAAGCGAACACGUUUUAUAAGACAAUCGGCUAUGAGAUACAUGCUUUGCCUGGCAUAUAUUCAGACUGCUUGGAGCUGUUGCUAAGUUACGGUGCCGAUCCCGAUGCACGGGACACCCAAGGCUUUGUACCGUUACAUCACGCCACGCGAGCUCGGAAUAAACUCUACGUGUACAUUCUCCUGAAGAACGGUGCAGACCCUGACGUGCUUACCCUCACCACUGCUCCUGAGUUACAAGGGAAAACACCAUUGCAGCUGGCCAUUUUCGCUCCCUGUAAAAGCAUUGUCGAGCUCCUACUUCUUUAUGGUGCUAACCCAAACUGUAAAGACGAACAUCGCAAUACACCUCUUCAUCAUGUCGCAGCACGUGGUCAUAUGGAAAUAGCCAAAUUGCUUAUUGAUCAUGGCGCCAUUCUGACUGCACGCAAUACGCUUAGAUACCACCCACUCCACAGAGCAUGCGGGGCGGGAGCCACUCCAGAAAUGAUCGAACUUCUCCUUGAAAACGGUGCUUUCGUUAACUCUACAACGUCACUGUUAGAAACCCCAGCCAAAUGUCUACUAUCCCAUUGGCAAGAGGUCAAUGAAGACAUCAACGGCAACGGCGCUGGUGGUGACGGCGCCGACGUUGUAAUGAAAGGUAGAGAUGAACAAUGUUUCCAGCAGAUAUUGCGUCUUCUAGAUUACGGAGCGCGGAUUACAGUGAGUACUAGACAGCACGAUGCCUUUAGUAUCAUUAAGUGGUUACCAUCUCUUUCGAGAAUGAAACUGACUCGUUACUUAUUGCUGGAAGCUUCUGUUGACACCAGGCUCCUCAAUCCGGAAGACAAGAUGCAAGUCGAAUACACUUCAGCUGAGUUUCAAGACGUUUUUAGUAGAGCGACCAAUCCACUUUCGCUGCGCCAGGCGUGCAGGCGAAUCAUCCGAAAAGAACUGGGGAAACGAAAUCUUCCAGAGGCAGUGAAACAAUUGCAGGUGCCGGCUAUCCUGCAAUCUUAUCUAAUUUUUCGUUCAUACUAAACUUUUUUUCUUAAACAGAGUGAGAAUAUUUCGGUAAAACCCCAAACAUCACUAAAAUCGUUAUACCAUGUAUACCAUGAGCCUCCUUCACCACAUUAUCUCUUAAGGCCUACCACAUGGUCCCACAGUUCUCACUUCCUAAAAGUGCCCCAAAUACCCUUUCGUGGUACUGGUAGAAGUACAAGGUUCUCAAACACUUUCACGCAAAUAUAUUAUUAAGAACAGGUCAAGUUUAAAGACAGAUUGGCAUUCUUUCAGUAAACUCCUUCCUAUUGGUUUCGGAGUGUCGGAAUCAUUUAUGCUAUUAAAUGACAAAAAUGUUUGGUUCCUACUUUCUUUUCAAACAUGUCAGACAUGUCAGAGGCCAUAUAGAGUAUAUUUCUUUUAUUUUGUAAUGUUGAUAUUUGAUGAAAUAAAUUCUAUUGGAUGAAAAUAAACUAUAACGGUUCCAUG